AAGAAAUUUCCCCUUGUCUUAUUUGAGUAGCCAGUUCGCUACCGAGAAGCAUUGACAGGUCUACUCUGCAUAGAUUCAUGGCAUUUAAUUCGAUCGUGAUGGAGCCAUUUUAUGCUCUGCAUCUGAGUUUUGAAUCUGUCAGCCCACUCUACACCUAAUUAAUGAUCUGACAACUCCGGGCCUCGGCAUUGGAUACCUUCCCCCAAAAAUGGAUUACGUCAUUGUCCUUCAGUCGUUGGAUAUUAUUAUGCAGCUGUGAUACCUCUAAAAUUAAUUUCUCUGCUCAUCCCUCAUCUACUGCCAACAAGAUCGCCGACAGUAAAGUGCUCAUCAUGACUACAUAUAUUCCCGCGCUCACACUGCCUGACGCGGUCUUCCUGAAGCCCGCCCUAUCCGUCUUGCUGCCCAUUGGCCUUGGGACAGCCGUUGGCUUCAGUGCCACUCAGACUCAGAAGACCUAUCUUGCUCUCAAGAAACCUUCGGUUCAACCUCCGCCAUGGCUGUUUGGCCCUGUCUGGACCGUCCUCUACGGUCUCAUGGGUUAUGCCGCCUACCGAGUUGCUGACAUUGGUCUUUCUCCCUUCUCAAGCCCUGAGACUAUCGUGAACACUCGACGUGCAAUGACGCUCUACUCAAUUCAACUCGGCCUCAACCUUAUUUGGACCCCCCUCUUCUUCGGCUUGUAUCGACCAAUCGAGGCGUCGGUUGACAUCGUGACCCUGCUCGGCGUCAACGGCUACCUUACUUACCUCUACAGUUCCAUUGAUUCUGUUGCUGCGUGGAGUCAAGUUCCCUACCUCGGCUGGCUCAGCUUUGCGACCUACCUAUGCACUACCAUUGGUCAUCUGAACAACUGGGACUUGAAGACCAAGGAGGUAAAGGACGAGUAAGCCCAUCUUAUGAUGAAUGCAGCUCUGCAUAAGUCAUGAGUAUUGGUCUACAACAAGGACUGUUAUAUGUUGUUGCGCUUGUGUUAUUUCAAAGCCAAACUCGCUCUAUCCCCUUAAUAUCAAAAGCAUCGUCCUUGCUAUCUUCUUUCGACCCCAGAGAGAUACCCUCUAUUGAUGCUCCAAUUCAAUAAUCGACAUUAUGUCAAACCAAAAUUUGAACGCCAUAGAUGCUUUGACCAGUCGCUGCUAUCCGUAGAUAAAAUUUCCUUUCCAAGUGAUAUUGAAACUCGAUCUAUCACACACAUCAUCUCGACCAGUUUUCUUUUCCGUUAUCAUCAAAAAGGAAAGUGCCGCUUCAUCCCAUCAUAAACCAUGAAUAUGAAGGCAGAGCUUGGCGCAGACCGGAGGCAUGUAAUACCACAGCCACGGUACAUGCCUCGUAUCCCAUGUUGUUCCCAAAGUAUCGCUCCCUCUUUCCAGAAUGUUCGUCGUUGGCGUAGGUCGCUGACAGUCGAGGUUUGCAUGCGUGAUUUGAUGGUAUCUGCAGGAAAGAAGAGGAAGUUGUAUGACACACCCGCUGAUGCGCCAGCAAUCGCUUGCUGCCAGAACGGUAAGGGUGUAUCAAGAAUCAUCUGCUUCUCUGUUGCUGAUGUCGCGGUCUUCGUCUUGAGCUGGUAGAACAUGCUUGUUACUGUCUCCUUGGCACCAAACCAAGCAGAACCACCACCAGCCUCUCGAAUCAGUGUACCAAGCUGACCAUGCCAAAAGCCCCGAAGGCCUUCAUGGCGGAAAACCUGCUUGAUGACAGGUAUAGGGCGGAGAGGAGGGCUGGCAGAUCCAUCAGCCGACAUGGGAGCCUGAAUCCUACACUUGACAAGCUCAAUUGGAGUGAGGACAAACGAAGUGAAAGCUCCAGAAAAUGCACCUGUCAGCCAGAGAUAUGGCAGUGAGAGUCCUUGUUCUCGGGAAACUAGGCUGCUCGUGAACAGUAAUUCACGACCAAGACUCUCGAAUAGAAAUAGACUGCUUGUUUCUGCUGCAGCACCCACUAGGGGAGCUGUAAUGCCACGAUAGAGCCCCAGAACUCCAUCACUUUUGAUAGACUGCCGGAAGCAAUCCAAUGGACCAGAAUAUCUUAAGGGGAGAUGAUCGGGCUGACUCUGUAACCGCACUUUGACCGUAUCGAACGGAUACUCGAUGUAUUUGCCCACAGCUCCAGCAAACUGAUAAAAGUCAGUAUUCAAAGAACUGGCUCAAACGAAGACACAUACCGAUCCGCAUAGUACGUCUUCAAAUGCCUCCACAAGCGCCGUCUUUUCCUUGAGGGAGAAGUUGGGCGCAUGGCCAGCAACCUCCACAGAUACAGGGCUAGGCUCCAUGGAAACGAUGGCGCUAAUCAAAUGCGAUCUCGAGAGAAGAAUGUACGGGCGAAGAGAAACGACGUAUAAUGUUGAGCACCGUAUUUAGGGUUGACAGCAAGUGUUGGAAAGCGGUGUCGUGGCUACCUAGUAAGUAUUGUCAAAAAGCUUCGAAGGAGGGGCACUCCAGUGAUAUUAUAAGCGAUCGGAGGAUGGGUCCAGUAAGGUAGUUAAGGUAAGGCAAGGUAGAUACACAGACUAAGGCUGCAGUUUCGGGGUACUUGGUGCCUUUAAAUUCGAUGUAUCGCCGAGCAGUAUCCAGAAGCUACCCAGGUGGUUGACAAGUAGACAAAUUUGAGAUGUUUAGGGUGCGGGAUGCAUCGGAUAUAGCUGUGCUAUGUGUCGCUGAAGCGCAGUCGCAGUCAGUGGAACAACCGCCGAAAGUCGGUAAACGAGGAUUAGAAGGAUAUGAUGUCCUCGCAGCUACAGGGCAAGCUGAUCUGUCAAGGUGCAACGCAACUUUGUGGGCAAUGCCUGUGACAUAUAAUCGCUGCCCUGUGCUGCGAAUUUGCAAGGUGAACCGUCACGCAGAGAGAUGCUUGCUGUGAGAGUCGUUUUCGGGCAUCAGGCCCCAAAGAGAAAAUUCUCUUUACAUUUCAGCAUGUGACAUCAGAUCGCCCGCUUUUC